AAACUUCUGUCAACUUUAAUAAUGACUUUGUUUUGCUUAAUUACAAAAUAAAGCCCAGAAAUUUGCCAUUUUUAUCUCUUCCAUAGGAAGAUCAAGAAUCCAUCCAAAAAACUAAUCAUUACUUACCAUAAUCAGUUGGCAAAUAUUGCUAUAAAUUCAGGCUUAACUGUGGAUUUGCAGAAGCAGAAAGUUUAGCAGUAAUAAUAGUGAUAGCAGAGCAGAGUUUUCUCUCUCUGUGUUAAGUUGUCUUCUCUCUCAUAUAAAGGGAAAAAAAAGAAAAAAUGAUGCCUGGGAUAAAUGGUAUGGGUUGGAUGGAUGGUAAGGAGGAUGGAGGAACUGGUGCUUGGGUUAAUCAGAAUAAUGGUAACAAUGAAAAUCAUCAACAGAACAAUGGUGGUUUUCCCAAUGAAAAUCAUCAACAGAACAAUGGUGGUUUUUCUAAUUUCCAAGCUAUGGUUGAUGAUGGAGGUGUGGAGUGGUUCAUGGGUGGUGCUGCUAAUAACAAUCAUCACAUCAACAACAACAACAAUGGUGGUGGUGGUGGCAACAUGCAGAGCCACAUUUCUUACUCUACGAGUUUCACUGAAGCUGAAAACAAUUUGCUUCUGCAGCCUGUGGAUUCUUCAUCCUCUUGCUCGCCUGUUUCUGGAAGUGUUUUCAACAACCUUGACCCUUCUCAGGUAAACUUCUUCAUGCCCCAAAAAUCUACUAUUCCUCCUUCACUCACUGGGUUAUCCAACAACCCAUUGGAGAGCAGCUUCAAUUCGUUGGGUGCAAUGAAUCAAGGUGGGAAUGGGAUGAUAAACACUGGGUUUCAUCAUCUGGGUUCACAAAACCAGUUGGGGACGAACAAUCUGAGUUCUUAUACUCAGUUUUCUUCUCCUAAUCUGCUCCAGAUACCUCAGGUAGCUGGUGGGUAUAGUUCCAUGGGGUUUGGGGACAACAAUUCUGCUAACGGAAACACUUUGUUUCUGAAUCGGUCUAGAACUCAUAAACCUUUAGAUAAUUUUGCUUCGAUUGGAGCACAGCCAACUCUUUUCCAGAAAAGGAUUGCUAAGAACUUGGGCAACCAUGGUGAAAAUUUAGGGGGCUUAGGUACAGAAAUCGGUCAAUCUUCCAGUAAUCUAAAAGGUUUUGAUAAGAAUAAGGAAUGGAACGAUAGUAAAAGGAAGUUCAGCAUCAAUGAUGAAUUUGAAGAUGUUAGCAUGGAUGGAACGUUGAAUUACGACUCGGAUGAGUUCAUCGAUAUCUCUAACAAAACCGAAGAUGGGAUCAAAAUAGGAGAAAACAGCUCAAAUGCAGCCAGCACUGUCAGUGGUGCUGAUCAAAAGGGGAAGAAGAAGGGACUUCCAGCUAAGAAUCUGAUGGCCGAGCGACGCCGCAGAAAGAAGCUUAAUGACAGGCUUUACAUGCUGAGAUCUGUAGUCCCAAAGAUUACUAAGAUGGACAGGGCUUCUAUCUUAGGAGAUGCAAUUAAGUACUUGAAGGAGCUUCAGCAGGACAUCAAUGAGCUGCAUAAUGAGUUGGAGUCCACACCAGCUAACUCUUCAUUGAGUCCAGCAACCAGCUUCUAUCCUCUGACACCGACUGCGUCAGCUCUGCCAAGUCGUAUAAAGGAGGAACUUGUUCCAAGUUCGUUUCCGAGCCCCCUGUCCAGCCCUACUGGCCAACCUGCAAGGAUUGAAGUGAGGGUCAGGGAAGGAAGAGCGGUGAACAUUCAUAUGAUCUGCAGCCGCAAACCAGGGGUUUUACUCUCAACAAUGAAGACUCUGGACAGUCUUGGACUGGACAUUCAACAAGCUGUUAUCAGCUGCUUCAAUGGGUUUGUGUUGGAUGUCUUCCGAGCUGAGCAAUCGAACGAAGGUCAAGACAUUCAUCCAGAUCAGAUCAAAGCUGUGUUGAUGGACUCUGCUGGCUUUAAUGGGGGGGUGAUAUAAGCUGCUCUGGUAUACGAAGGAGAGGCUCUAUCGAAGAUUUUGGACCUCAGGGUGCUAUAGCUUUUAGACCUCAGACUUCCUAUACUGCUUUUUUAGUUUACUUAUGUUUUCAUGUAAUUAGAUGGUUACAGGCCAUGGUGGUCCGACCCUUCCCGGGACAGCUUAGUGCACCGGGUUGUCGUUUCUUUUUUAGUCAGUUAUAUUGGUGUUUUCUUUAGGAGAAACAUUGAGCUUAUGAAGCUCCAAAACUGAAUGCUAUGAUAAUAGUCCUUUCAACAAGUUCCUAGUCCAGCUUGAUCUUUCUUUA